CUUACGUUUCUAUCGAGAGAAAAUCGUGACGUGACGUACGUAACUAGCGACAGGGGCUGCGUCUACUUGCAAGAAUCAGCAGAGGGCAACAUGUCGGCUUUGAAAGUGCAGAGGGUGCUUCAGCACAUAACAAGGUGUGGGUGGAGAACUCACUCUACUGCUCCUAAUGCUGCUGCCGCUGCCUCCUCCCAAGGAUCUCUUGGCUUUAACUUCGAACUCAGUGAACAGCAGAAAGAGUUCAAAGCCACUGCACGGAAAUUUGCAAGGGAAGAAAUCAUGCCAUUAGCCGCACACUAUGAUAAGACAGGGGAGUAUCCUGUACCACUCAUCAAAAGGGCAUGGGAGCUUGGUCUCAUGAAUGGGCACAUCCCUGAAAAUUGUGGUGGCCUGGCCCUUGGGAUCUUUGAUACCUGUCUAAUUACAGAAGAAAUAGCUUAUGGGUGCACAGGAGUCCAGACAGCCAUAGAAGCAAAUUCUCUGGGACAAAUGCCAGUCAUAAUAGCAGGGAAUGAAGCCCAGAAAAAGAAGUAUUUAGGAAGGAUGAUGGAAGAACCGUUAAUGUGUGCUUACUGUGUGACUGAGCCAGGAGCUGGUUCUGAUGUGGCAGGUCUGAAGACAAGAGCUGAGAAGAAGGGCAAUGAGUAUAUCAUAAAUGGGCAGAAAAUGUGGAUUACAAAUGGUGGAAAAGCUAACUGGUAUUUCCUUCUUGCACGCACUAAUCCUGACCCCAAAGUUCCUGCUAGUAAAGCUUUCACAGGUUUUAUUGUGGAAGCAGAUAGUCCUGGAAUACAGAUUGGCAGAAAGGAGAUGAACAUGGGACAGCGCUGCUCAGAUACAAGAGGGAUUGUGUUUGAGGAUGUAAGAGUUCCAGCUGAAAAUGUCUUGAUUGGAGAAGGAGCCGGUUUUAAGAUUGCAAUGGGCGCUUUUGAUAAAACCAGACCCCCAGUAGCUGCAGGAGCUGUGGGAUUGGCACAGAGGGCUCUGGAUGAAGCCACCAAAUAUGCAGUGGAAAGAAAGACAUUUGGAAAAUUAAUUGCUGAGCAUCAAGCUGUUUCAUUCAUGCUGGCAGAAAUGGCCAUGAAAGUAGAACUGGCCAGACUGGCAUACCAGAGGGCAGCCUGGGAAGUUGACGCUGGAAGAAGAAACACCUACUAUGCCUCUAUUGCCAAGGCAUACGCUGGAGACAUUGCAAAUCAGGUGGCAUCUGAUGCAGUCCAAGUAUUUGGUGGAAAUGGAUUUAACAGUGACUAUCCUGUAGAAAAGCUAAUGAGAGAUGCAAAAAUAUAUCAGAUCUAUGAAGGCACAGCACAAAUACAAAGACUAAUUGUUGCCCGGGAGCACCUUGGGAAGUACAAAGAAUGAAGAAUCCAUCCAAGAAUUGGAAUUACAUCAUAAAAGCUGUAUUUUUCAGCCCAGCUUUAAAGUUUUCAGCCUAAUGCAAGCCUUAAUAAAAUCUUUUCUACUAGAUAGCUUUGUGUCUUAACAUCAGUAGCUCUGAUUGAACUAACUCCUAAUGCUUGCGGCAUAGGAACUGAACAGUUUUUUUGCUGAUCAGCUAAAUGAUGAAUGAAUUGUGCAUCAAGAAUCCUAACAUGCUGCUUGUCUCAUAUGGGAGGAAUAUAAAAAUAUUUACUAUACCGUAAAUCAAUGGCGUAAAGUAACUUUAUAAAUUUUAGAGGGCACUCUUAAAGGGGGUAUUUCACCUUUAAGUCCCUUUUCUAUUCAUAUCCCAGUCUUUCAUUUAAACCGCUGUAUGGUUGCUAAGGAAAUUUAGACCCUUGCUACCCAAUAGCUGCUGAAGUUCCAGACUGGAAAGCUGUUGAACAAAAUUCUGGAUGAUUCAAACACCACAACUAAUAAAAAUAUCACUGUCAACUUCACACUAAGGGGCAGAUUUAUCAAAAUGUGAUUUUAAAGCUUAAUACAUAAAAACUCAUUCAUGUUCUAUUCAUUCCUAUGGGAUUUUAAAAAGUGUAUUUAUUAACUGGUAAACUCUAAUUUUCACCCAUCGAUAAAACUCCUAUAGGAAUAAUUAGAACAUGGGUGAGUUUUUAUGUGUUAUGGGAGAAGGAAAGUCAUUUUGGCAUUUUAUUGCCAAUAGAUUAGCCACAUUAGUGCCACCUAGAACACUAUAUUUAUUCUGCAGAAAGCAUAACCAUACCUGAUUAAAGAGCCCUAGAAGUUUCUCUGUUUGCUUAAGAUUGCAGCUGCUAUUUUAGCUUGGUCUUCAUAGCUUCCUGCUGUAGUUGUAGCCAUUAGUAGCUCAGGGGGGGAGUGACUUUUAUAAAUUCUUAUGGGAGGGGAGCAGGAGAAAGGAAAGAGCUGCACAGACUCUAUUCCCCAGGAAUGAAGGAUUUUUCUGAGAGGAAGUCAGAUGAAGAACUUGUUUACAUAAAAGGAGACAAGAAAUCCUGUGUUUCUUUUGAUAGAGGACUCAGUGCAGCAUUUCUGUGAGUGCUUAUGGCUGUAUUUACAUAGACCUUUCUGAUAAAGCUUACUUAGUUUUUACCUUUCCUUCUUCUCCUUUAAGCGCUCAACUCACAUUUUGAUAAAUCUGCCCCUAAAAUUUAAUUAAAGGGUGAAAACCCCCUUAAGGAAUUCUAAAAAUAGGAGUUGUUUCUAAUCAUUUGUCUGUACAAAGUUUAGGCAUUUCAUUUAAGUUGUAAUUUGUAGUGCUAAAAUUUACAAUGAGCUAUGUUUUGUACAUAUUUGCAAUUAAAAUUAUAUAUUUGAGA